CUGUGCGGCAGCACAGAUAACAGCGGGGCUGAAGUCCAGAGUGCAGCAGGUCCUGAGGAACAGAUUCCAGCCUGGGGCUCACAGCGUGGCCUCCCCCAGCCCCUGCCUCGCCUGCCUCCCUUCUGCCCUCAUUGCAUCCCAGAGGCUGAGAUGUCUGGGCUCGCGCUCCUUGCAACCCUGCUGCUGCUGGCCGGGACCAUCCUCUCCAGCAGGGCCACUGUUGUCAACAGCUGCAGCAGCACGGCCGAGCACCUCUGCAACUUUGUGUGCUAUUGCAGUGACUGCUCCGAUGAGAACCAGUGUGGGUACCUGAGGGUCUCAGCUGUGCUGGGCAGCCCCUUCACCUGUGAUUUCGAGGAAGGUGACUGUGGCUGGCAGGACGUGAGCACCACAGCUUACAGAUGGGUGCGGGGCCGGGCCAGCCUGGACAAGUGGGGCACGGGGCUCCACUCUGACCACAGCGUGGGCACAGACAGGGGGUGGUUCAUGGUGACAGUGUCCCCACCGGCAAAGGCCACAGCUACCGCCUGGCUCAGGUCACCCAUGAUGCAGGAUGUGGCUGCCACGUGUGAGAUCUGGGCCUCGUACCACCUCUCUGGAAGCAGGCUCAACCAGACAGUGUGGCCGACGCUGCGCCUGGCCGUGGCAUUCAGGGACAAGGUGGUGGACCUGUGGCAGAGCCCCCAGCAUGGAGCCGAGGGCUGGCACCAGUUGGUGGCGUACACAGGCCGGAUCAUGGGGCAGUUCCAGCUCACCUUCGCCCUGACGCAGCCACCCGCGCGUGGGGCAGUGCUGGCACUCGAUGACAUUGUCUUCAGGAACUGUGGCUUGCAGACCCCAGCACCUGGGCAGCAGGUCUGCGGGGUGGAGGAGAGCAGAUGCAGCCAGGGGUCCUGCCUGGCACUGAACCGCUUCUGCGAUGGCACCGAUGACUGCGGGGACGGCUCGGAUGAAGCUGAGCAGCAUUGCCGUGACUUCAAGAUCUGCUCCUUUGAGAAUGGUUUCUGCAGCUGGGUGGAGGUCGGGCAGCCGACAUGGGAGAGGAACACAAGCAUGAACUUGGGUGCCACAUAUGGCAUCCCCACCCGGGACCACAGCACAAACAGCGCAGCAGGCUAUUUCCUCCGUAUCAGCAGUGCCUCAGCUGCAGGGUCCAGCAGCAUGGCCAGCCUGAGCAUUUCCAUCAUCUCCUCCAACAGCUCCUGCUACCUUGGGCUGUACUGCCACCUCCAUGGCUCAGCCACCAGCAGCCUCAGCAUCUCCUACGUGACUAACUCCACUGAGCAACUGGUGAGAGAGAGGACAGGGGACACGGGCAGCUGCUGGGUCCGGGAGAGAGUGGACUUCAAUGUGACAGAGAGCUUCAAGGUGCUGAUCAGUGGGGUGGCCAGAAGUGGAGGGACCGUGGCCAUUGACGACCUGUUUCUGUCUCCAGGCUGUAAUCCAGAACUGGAUCUACCUCCAACGGCGCUGCCAGGCCAGGACUCUUCCAGCACCUGCAUGGCCAGUGAGUUCACCUGUGAUGAUGGGAGCUGCAUCAGCAGUGAGCUGGCCUGUGACUUUGCCAAGACGUGCACUGAUGGCUCUGAUGAGAAACUCUGUGGAGCCACCACCUUCGAGGAGGGGGACGGGGGUUGGCAUGAUGUCAGCGUGGGCCGGCUGCGAUGGGCCAUACAGAGGGCCACCGAGCCCAGAGCCAUUGCCCUUGUGGGAGCAGGGGCUUUCCUGGCCCUCCAGGAAGGAGAAGGACAAAUGGUGGCUCCCGCAAAGGCACGCACACCUCUGCUGGGCCCCUCUGGCCCGGCCUGCAGCAUGGAGAUGAGCUACCACAUCCAGAGCAGCCCCCAAGGCUUCCUUGCUGUCAGCGUUGUGGACCACACCACAGGCAUGACCCACCUGGCCUGGCACAUGCGGGGGCACGGCAGCAUGACCUGGGGACAUGUCCGCGUCCUGCUGGGAGAGAGGGCCCGGCCCUUCCAGGUCGAGCUGCUGGGGCUGGUGGACCUGCAGGACCCAGCAAACGCCGCCAUCGACAACGUGACGUUUGUGCAGUGUGACCCCCAUGUGGUGCCCCCAGGGGCCACAGAGCUGUCCUGCAACUUCGAGACAGGCCUGUGUGGCUGGUACCAGGAUCAGGCCAGCGACUUCCAGUGGGUCCACAGCAUGGGGCAGGGGCAGGGCUCUGACCACACCACUGGCUCGGGCUAUUUUCUGGCCGCGAACCCUUCGGCACCAUGGAGCCGUGGUCAGCGUGCGCAGCUCAUCACCUAUGGCCAGGAGCCUGCUGCCACCCCACGCUGUCUCACCUUCUGGUACCGCCUGGCCGGCCCGCAGAUCGGCACCCUGAACCUCAAGCUGCAGCUGGAGGGAGCAGAGGAGACAGUGCUGUGGACCCAGCGGGGAACCCAGGGCAGCCUCUGGCAUCGGGGGCUGGCAACACUCCCUGCCACUGGACAGCAACGCUACCGGCUGGCCUUUGAGGCCCUGCGGGACGGCUUUGUGGGUGAUGUCGCGCUGGAUGAUCUGUUGGUGACGGAGGGCACCUGUGGGGCCGAGCUCUCCUGCUCCUUUGAGGCAGACACCUGUGGGCUGACGGGCAGCAAACAGCUGACAUGGCUGCGGCAGAGCAACAGCACUGGCACCAUCGCUGGCCCCAAAGCCGACCACACCACCGGCACUGCUGCAGGGCAUUACAUGGUGGUGAGCACCAGCAAGGGCUCCCUGCCCAUGGGGCACAAGGCCACCCUCACCUCUGCACCAUACCAGCCCUCUGUACCUGCCCAGUGUCUGGCCUUCUGGUACCAGCUGAGCACGGGAGACCCAGGGUCUCUCAGCAUCCUUGUGGAGGAGAGUGGGGUGCUGAGGAAGCUGUUCAGCAUGAGCACAAUGGAAGGGGACACCUGGCACCGCAGCCAUGCCACUGUCCAGGCGGAUGGGGACUGGAAGGCAAUAUUUGAAGCAGUAGGAGCCGGGGGUGACCAUGGGUACAUCGCGCUGGAUGACCUGCAUGUGUCGGAUGGACCCUGCCCUGAGCCAGUAUCCUGUGACUUCGAGCUGGACAUGUGUGGCUGGAGCAGCCCCGCAGAUGAGCACCUGCACGGCUUCGCUUGGGGCUGGAAAAGUGGGGUCCCCCUGGCCAAAUACCCCGGCCCUGAGCAGGAUCACACCCUGGGCACAAAAGAUGGUCACUAUGUGCACUUUGACAUCCGUGUGCUGGGUGCGGGGGGCACCACUGCCCAGCUGGAGAGCCAGCACCUGCCCGCCACUGCCAAUUCCUGCCUGCGCUUCUGGUACCACAUGGACAUCCCAGAGCACCUCUCUGAUGGGGAGCUGCGGGUGAGGCUGCAGAGUGCAUCAGGGCAGCACACAGCCUGGAGCGUGGCAGGACGCCCAAGCCGGGGCUGGCGGAAUGGCACAGUGCCCGUGCAGAGCCCCCGUGAGUUCCAGAUUAUCUUUGAGAUCACCACACGGAUGUGGCCAAUGGAGGGGACCGUGGCACUAGAUGAUAUUGAGUACAGUACCACCGGAGGCUGUGAUUCCAGCCUGGAGACACAGGGGAAAGAGAAGUCUUCCCGUGGCUUUGUGGCAGAAGUGGUGCUCAGCCUUCUGCUGACCAUCAUCAUCCUGGCACUGGCAAUGGCUGGCAGCUGGUACUGGCUGAAGAGAAGAGGGCAGGGGAGCAGGAUGUCAGCAGAGAACAGCACUCCCCAGGGCUUCGACAACAUCACUUUUCGAGAUGACAAGGUCAUUAUAUCACCAGUGCAAAAAGAGGGGGAUGAAGAUUGAAUUAAUAAGCCAACAACACUCUUUGCCUCCUCAUGCCUGCGAGGCACACAUGGGGCAGAGCAUCUUUCCAGCAAACUCCCCCGCUCCGUCCAGCUCACAGCCUCGCCCAGCUCCAGGCGCCCUCGCUGUCCAACAUCUCGCACUGUGGAGCUGCAGCAGGCACCGGUCCCAGAGACACAGCUCGGAUGCUUCCUCCUCUACCUCCAAUGCUGCGCUCGGGAAAAGCACUGCUGUCUUUUGUAACACGAGCUUUCUGUACCACACUGAGACAGUGUGA